AUGAAGCUAAUCAUUGUACUUGUGUUAAUUGUCAUUAAAACGACAUCAGCAAAUGAUGAGAAGGAACAGCCAUUGAGAUUGUGGAUGUUAGAUGAAAAAAUUGUUACACUUGAUAAUUACUGCUUAAAUACAACGCUAGAGUUAUUAGCAAAUAAUGGAGAUACAUUGAUGAAUCUAACUGAAGCUAAAGCCACGUUUAAGGCAUCGUACGAUGCUUGUAUAGAGGACACCAAAAGCAUUCGAGGAUAUUUGACGGAGCUCAUUAAGAUUUAUAAAGAAAAGUAUGAUUUUACACAAAUUUAUUGCUUCAAGCUAGCACUUCAUCAUGGCGUACCUGAAGUUAGUAGUGAUCCAAAACAAAAGAAUUUUAUAACGAUAAAGGACAUCCAGCUAGAAUUAAUAAUAUUCGGACCAAAAUGUAAUGACUUUGCCAACGCAUCUCAAAUUGAAGUAAAUAAUAAGAAUUAUAGUCCACAAUUAUCCAUGGCUACAUUAAAAUGUAAAGCAUCGACUCUGUCUUCCAAGCGAUUGUUAGUUCUAGAAACUAUUCGAGUGACCAAUGGAUCCACAAGUAUGAAUGUUUUACAAAAUUUGGUAAAAGAUUACACAAAAAAGCUUCAAGACGACCUCAAAUGUACAGUCACAAGUCAUUCGAACCAAGCAGCAACGUUUACUUUGAGCCAGAAAAUGACAACAAAAACAUUGAAUGCAAAUGAAUCGACUUCUGUCAACCAUAAUGAUGAAUUAGAAACUAUGGAUUUAUCUCCUUACAAUCAUGGUCGAAUAAUCAGUUCUGUUCCAUUUUUAAUAUUUGGAAUUGCAAUUUUUUUAAAUUUUAGUAUUUAA